AUGCGCUUCAGCCUACCCACCGGGCCAUGGCUAGUCCUAGCAGCAGCCCUCACCAGCGUCGUCUCCUGCGAACCCGCCCUCGACCAAAAUGCUGCUGCCGCCGCGGCCAACCAGUCGCUGUUCUGGGGGACAUAUCGACCCAACUUGUACUUUGGGACAAGAACGCGGAGCGCCGAUACGUUGCUUACUGGGUUGAUGUGGUUCGGAGUCAAUGAGGUGUCGCAGGCUACCAUCCAAAACAUCCGCCACACCUGCGAACAAGGCGACGAUCUCUCCGGCUACGCGUGGCAAAAGCACGACGGGCGCACCUUCGGCUCCCAGCUCAUCAAAGACACCCUCAACAAGAUCCACUUCAAGACCGAGUUUGUCAAAACGCCCGGCGGGGACCACGGUGGUGACUGGACCGUCCGCGUGUCGGGCGAGCCGUUCGCGGGCGAGACCGCGGAUAUCUCGGUGGUGUUUUAUGUCACCCGGUAUGGGAAGGGUGAGAUGCGGUGGACGCAGGUGGGGGGUCAUGAAGGGGUGGUCGGACACACGGAGGAGUUGGGCGAGUUCACGUUCGCGGUGGUCGACGGGCCGAACAACAAACCCCCGGCGACACCCUCACCAGGCCCCGAUGACGCAGAUCUGCGCUCAACGCUGAAAGCGCAGUUCCGCGUCCCGGAGAAGGAGUCAUGGAAGGCGAAGGAGAUUCUGCAGCAGCAUCUGGUGCAGCACGGGCGGGAGAAGUUGCAGAAAGCGGCUGCGGCGGGAACAGCGCCCUCCGCGCCGCUUGUUUUCACGUUGGAGAAUGAGGAUGUGCGGGAUGCGAAUGUGUUUAUGUUUCAGAAGACUCUCCGCGCCCCGUUCUCGUUCGAUGUCGCGUUCCUGUCCCAUUCUGCAAGAGCCGGGGGAAAAAAGCCUGAUGUGACGGACGUGCAACGCGCCACGGGCCCCGCGCUGCAGGAAAAGCUGGGCGAAGCCGAGGCUGCGUUUGAUCAGCGGUUUGAGGACACGUUCGGGCUGGCUGCAAAGGGGUACGAUAAAGACCAGCAAACCUUUGCACAGUCGCUUUUAGGAAACAUGGUCGGCGGGCUGGGGUACUUCCACGGCACCAGUAUCGUCGACCGCGCCCUGGAAGGCGUAGAAACGAGCGAGAUCGUCGAUUUCGCAGAGGGCGAUGAUGACGACGAUGAAAACGAGGACAGCUACUUUGAGAGCGGCGGCUCCUCCCAAAGCAGAUCCUCCAAACGCGCCCCGAACCCGCAACUCGAAGGCCCCACCGCCCUCUUCACCGCCGUCCCCUCCCGCCCCUUCUUCCCGCGCGGGUUCCUCUGGGACGAAGGCUUCCACCAGCUGCUCAUCGGCAAAUGGGACAACGAUCUCAGUCUCGAUAUCCUUUCCCACUGGAUAGCGUUGAUUGAUGAUAAAGGGUGGGUUGCACGUGAACAGAUCCUCGGUGAUGAGGCGAGGAGCAAAGUGCCGCAGGAGUUUCAGACGCAGUACCCGCAUUUCGCCAACCCGCCUACCCUCGUUAUGAGCCUCAUGGCCUACCUGGAUCGUCUGACACAGGCGAGGGACACGUUUGAUGUGUCGUCGUCACAGCAAAAGAUUGUUGCGGCGAGUGAUACGGCGUUUUUGAAGGAUAGGGCGUUGCUUGAUCGGGAGGCGGCUGUGGAGUUUCUGAAUGCGACCUACCCGCGGUUGAGGAAGCAGUAUGAGUGGUUCAGGGAGACGCAGUGGGGUGAGCCGGGGUUGAUUGAGGGGAGGGCGGUGGAGGGGUAUCGGUGGAGGGGGAGGAAGGAUACGCAUACGUUGACCAGUGGCCUCGACGACUACCCCCGCGCAAUGCCCCCCCACAAAGGCGAAUUCCACAUCGACCUCCUCUCCUGGAUGGCCUUCUACGCCUCAACCCUGAAAACCGUCGCCCACGAAAUCAACCGCACCAAGGACAUCAAAACCCUCACCGCCGACCUCACCGAUCUGCUAGCAUCCCUUGAAUCCCUGCAUUGGAACGCUGACUCGCAAUCCUACUGCGACGUCUCGAUCGACGAGGGGGGGAAAUCAUCUUUUGUUGUGCAUAAGGGGUAUAUAUCCCUCUUCCCGCUGAUGCUGGGGUUGCUACCGGCGGAUCAUCCGCAUCUGGGCGCGGUGCUGGAUCUUGUGGCUGAUCCGAGCGAACUGUGGACGGAGUUUGGGAUUGCGUCGUUGAGUCGACGGGAUCGCUUUUAUGGCACGGGCGAGAAUUAUUGGAGGGGGCCCGUGUGGAUUAAUAUGAAUUAUUUGGUUUGUGCUAGUUUGCAUAAGAACUACGUCAACGUCCCUGGACCACAUCAGAAGCAAGCGCAAGAGAUCUACACCUCGCUAAGAAAGAACCUAGUCAGCAACGUAUACAAGGAAUAUAAACGAACAGGCUACGUAUGGGAACAGUACUCAUCCCAGGACGGCGAGGGCAAACGGUCGCAUCCGUUUACGGGCUGGACUGCGUUGAUUUUGUUGAUUAUGGCUGAGCAGUAUUAG